UCUAUCUUGACAAUAGCAAGUGAACUGUAUUUUAAAAAAAGGGCAGUGUCUGAUUCCUGAUUGAGCGCAUUUAUCUCCUUAUUAGCGGUCAAGUGUAAGUUAAAACACAUGUGUCAAUCUCGUCGAAAACCCGCCACAACUCUAAGUGACCAAAACGACUGAUAAGCAAUUGACACAAGUGUGUUUAGGGUGCAACCAACCUUCGUGCCUUUUAAGAGCGGGGACAAAGGUCGAGUUUCGCCUUGAAAGGGUGGAAUUUGAAGGAGUUCAAUUCUGCAUGUGCAGUCAUUCCCCUGCUAGAGCUGCUCCGGGAUUGCUGCUCCAGGAUUGCUCACUCCCCUGUCCAAUGCCGUCCUAGCUCUCGGUGGUUGAUCGACACGAGAUCAUGUGCUGGAGGGCGUGUUUCAAGAAGGAGCAGGAAGUGGGAUCGUGAUCCAUAAUGCCAUCCAACGGAACCUACACCCUGGCCCCUCCUGAAGAAUUCACUCAGGAGGAGUUCCAAAACAUCAAGAAACCGCGCAGAAGAAGUAGAAAAUGCCAGAAAUACGCCUACUACUCGUGUGGAUUGGGCUUUCUUUUCAUUAUUGGAGCCCUUAUCAGCGCCAUUUUCCUUGAGGAGUUCCUGGAGCGGCAAAUCCUGGACAACAUGCCCUUGGCUGAGGGAAGCCGCACCUUUCAAGGGUUCCAAAGGCCACCCGUUCGUCCCAGGAUGUACCUCUACAUGUUCAAUCUGACCAAUCAUGAAGAUUUUCUCGCGGGUAAAUCGAAGCCGAAGAUGGAAGAACUCGGCCCCUACACCUAUUCCCAAUCCAUGAUUAUGUCGGACCCCGAAUUCCCCGACCCAGACAUCCUACGCUUCACGGUUCAGCGGAAUUUUACUUUCGAGCCCAACGAGUCCGUUGGAUUGGACGAUGCGGAGACUGUGAUAGUGCCCAACAUCCCGCUCUUUGGCGCCAUGCACAAGUUAAAAGACGAGUACCAAAUCGGCAAGAACGUGUUCAAGGAGAUCCUAAAUUCGUAUGACUUUGCUCAAGAUCGCACCCCAUUCCUCAAAUUGACCGUCAAGGAGUUCAUGUGGGGUUACAAGAGCAUUCUCCUCAGUUUACAACGAACCGAGAGUCCGGAAUGUAGCAUUGCCAACGAAGAGUCCUCGUUCGAUGGGUGGGACAACUUUGGGGAUCUAGAUGACGCUUGGGGCGAUUAUAGGGCCGAAAGUGGGGUCCAGUCAGAAAAUACUCUCAAUCAAAUCACGCCCACUGAGGCGGCCAACUUGAUCGACUGUGAUAUCAGAAAAGACAAUAUGGACUCAUUUGGCUUCAUGAGCAUCCGAAACGCGACCAAGCGUGACCUACGGGAAAUCAAUACGGGUGUGUCCAAUCUGACUUUGAAGGGUCGGAUGAUCUCGUGGGACGAUCAAACCAAGGUCCAGUAUUGGGGCUCCGACGAAUGCAACACAAUCCGAAAUGCUCAUGACCCGUCGGCAGUGCCGAUGAACAUUCAAAAGUCCACCCUCUUGAAUGUCUUCGUGGGGGAGCUUUGUCGAAAAUUGAACUUUCAGUACCACGAUGACGCGUUUUAUGACGGGGUCAAGACCUAUCGAUAUUUGCCUCUAUCGAACACGUUCGACAAUCCCGAAGAAAGCCCGGAAAAUGAGUGCUACUGUUUGUCCUCACCGUGUGACCGGAAGUCGGGUCUGUUUGAUAUUGAAUCCUGCCAACCGGGCUCCCCAGUCCUCAUCUCCUGGCCCCAUUUCCUCUUUGGGGACCCUGAUCUCAGACUCGGCGUCGACGGAAUGGAUCCGGAUCCAGACGCUCAUCAAUUCAGAAUAGACUUGGAACCGAAAUAUGGACUCGCCCUGUCAGCCAUGGCCCAAUUUCAGUUCAACGUCAAGAUAGUGAGGAACAACGGCUUUGGGUACUUUGACAAUAUCAACGCGGAGGAAGUCGUUCUACCUUUUUGUUACAUCAAAGAAGGACUACCUGAACCUUCAGAGGAAAUGAUGGCUCAAAUUCACCUCAUCUUGGGCCUGCCGGCCAAAGGGGCCAGAAUCGUUUCAUUGGGGGUGAUGAUUUUCGGGCUCAUCCUGAUGGCGCCAGAGUUGAUGAUUUGGAUUUUCAACUGUGUUGAUAGGCACUAGUCAUCGCCCUCCUCCGCCGGUCAAGACAAGAACGUA